GCUCAAAACAUGAGCCAGCUGCGAGCCACCAGGACUGGACUGCUUGUGGGCACAGUCAUUUGCAUCUUCAUCUUUCUUUAUUUAAGGAAUCCACCUCCUGAGGAACCAGAGGAACCUACCUAUCCAGUAGUAGUGGAAUGUGGCUUUUAUCCGGAUGAGCUAUGCUCAGCUUUAUUUGAAGGGAAAGGAGCGGCCCCCCAAAUUGCAAAAUUUUGUAAAAACCCUCAUCGAUCUGAAAUACUUGCUCAUUUACACACACCAGGAAACUGCUCCAGGAUUUCCCAAGGGUUGCAUUUCAUAACCAGGCCCCUGUCUGCAGAAGAGGGUAAUUUUUCCUUGGCAUAUAUUAUAACUGUUCAUAAGGAGCUGGCCAUGUUUGUGCAGCUUCUUAGAGCUAUUUAUGUACCUGAAAAUGUUUAUUGUAUUCAUGUUGAUGAAAAGGCCCCAAAGAAGUAUAAGUCUGCUGUGCAAACCCUGGUUAAUUGUUUUGAAAACAUUUUUAUUUCAUCAAAGAGAAAGAAGGUGAUUUAUGCUGGCUUUACAAGGCUACAGGCAGAUAUCAACUGCAUGAAAGAUCUAGUCUAUUCCAAAUAUCAUUGGAACUAUGUCAUUAAUCUUUGUGGACAGGAUUUUCCAAUCAAAACCAACAAAGAAAUCAUACACUACAUUAAAAGCAAAUGGAAUGGUAAAAAUAUCACUCCUGGAGUAAGCCAACCACCUAACAUUAAAUCCAAGAUAAGUCAAAGUCAUUCUGAAUGCACCCCUGAGGGAAAUAUCUACGUACCUCCAAAUAAGAGAUUCAAAGAUGAAGCACCUCAUAACUUAACACUUUAUUCCGGAAGUGCUUACUUUGUACUAACAAGGAAGUUUGUAGAGUUCGUUCUGACCGACACCCGUGCAAAAGACCUGCUCCAAUGGUCCGCAGACAUCCACAGCCCAGAGCAGCAUUACUGGGUGACUCUGAACCGGUUAAAAGAUGCCCCGGGUGCUACACCAAAUGCUGGUGGGGAAGGAAAUGUUCGUGCCAUUAAAUGGAGAAACGAGGAGGGAAAUGGUCAUGACGGAUGUAAAGGCCGGUAUGUCCACGAUGCCUGUGUGUAUGGCCUGGGAGACUUGCCAUGGAUCAUCCGAUCACCUUCCCUGUUUGCCAACAAAUUCGAGCCCUCAGCAGACCCGCUCGUGGUGACGUGCUUAGAGCGGCGGCACAGGCUCCGAGCACUGCGGCAAGCGGAGGUCCCCGCAGAGCCUCACUGGCACUUCCCGCAGCGCGGCCGCUUUGACAUGAAACUGAAUGGCUGAGAUGGAAGCCAUGAGACGCCUGCUCCCUCAGCCUGCUUCCUUGACUUGAAAAAAGGACGCAUCCAAUCAAAGAAAAACAAACAGGAAAAACGAAUUGGAAAAUGACUCCUUGUUACAAACUAGACCUAAACAAGUUUGGACACAUGCUAUUGACAAGACUUUGCUAUUACAUUUUAGGCCACUUUCGCAGCUUUGGGAAAGAGACGGUAAAAGACAGAAAAAAUAACUCAAGCUACCAAUGAUGACAUACAGAUAAAAGCAUCUGGAAGGCCGACUGCUUUAGUAAACAGUUGCUGAAAACCAAAAUUCUCCAAAUAUUUAGAUCCAGGUUACAGCUGGAGUGGGAAGGCUCUCGUUUGGAAGGCUGCCGGCUAGUGUAUAGGAGAUAUUAACAGAGAACAAACUCUCACUGCAACUGUAAACACGCUUAUCUAAAACAGUCCUCCCUGGCUGGGGAACAACCUGUCUUUGUUCUUCCUAGAAAAAUAAUGAAGAGUCUAUUUCUUUUGGGUAAAAGAGAUUUAAUCUG